GAGGAUCUCAUAGAACGACGGAACAGAGUUUUGCUGUUUUUUGAUGCAGGGGCGAGGGCCGAAUCGCAUGGCGCGCGAUAACGCCAUAGCGUGACUUUUAAUCUUUUUUGUCCAAGACAGGGAAGGAAUGCGUGCGGCAUUGGCGGCAAACAACAAAGCACAGAGUACAAACGGACUCAACCCACACAACACACUCACGCCUAGGCCUACCAGCCCACAAGGUUCUUCUCACUUCUCUCUUCCUUUCUCUCUCUUUCUCCAUCACCUCUCCGCAUCUCAUCCGCCACUCCGAUCCCAUCCUCCUCCUGCAUCCCUCCCCCCCACCAAAACCUCCCUCCCCUCCACCAAAACCUCCCUCUCCCUCACCAUGUCUGCACUCGCAUAUGCCGCGGAGCGAGCUGUUGCCAUUCACGCGGUCUUGGCUGCAAGCAAGGUCUGUCAGCGGGUCUUUACAAAGCUCGUCAACGGCGAGACGAUCACUAAGAAGGACAAGUCGCCUGUUACUGUCGCAGAUUUUAGUGCGCAGGCAGUCGUCAACACGUUCCUUCACAAGUCCUUCCCAGAGGACCCCAUUGUCGGAGAGGAGGACUCGAAGGAUUUGAGGGGUGAAGAGGGUCGGCCCAUGCGGGAAAAGGUGCUGGAGCUCGCCAAUUCCGGGCUAGAUACGCUCUUGACAGAGCAAUCGCUCCUGGAGACAAUAGAUCGCGGUACAUAUGCAGGAGGCGCCUCUGGCCGUAUGUGGGCAUUAGAUCCGAUCGAUGGCACAAAGGGAUUCUUGCGAGGCGAGCAGUUUGCGGUCUGCCUGGCCUUGAUUGUCGACGGUCAAGUUGAACUCGGAGUGAUGGGCUGUCCCAAUCUUCCCGUUGAUGCCAAGGACCAGGAUGGCGAGAAAGGAUGCCUUUUUAUCACCGUCAAGGGACAGGGUGCCUUCCAGCGCAACUUUUCGUCAUCAACAGAGAUUCCAAUUUCAAUGUGCGACAUCCAAAGCCUGGCCGAUGCCAGCUUUUGUGAAAGCGUCGAAAGUGGACAUUCCAACCAGAGCGACUCUGCAAAGAUCGCACAGCUGUUGGGCAUCACGAGGCCGCCGGUGCGCAUGGACAGUCAAUGUAAAUACUGCUCCCUCUCACGAGGCGAUGCGGAGAUAUAUUUGAGGCUGCCUGUCAGCGCUUCGUACGAGGAAAAGAUCUGGGACCAUGCUUCGGGUAGUCUGCUGGUCGCUGAGGCGGGAGGCAUAGUCUCGGAUAUACAUGGAAAGCCAUUGGAUUUUUCAAAGGGCAGGACACUGGCGACCAACUCUGGAGUGAUCGCAUCCCACGCAAAGAUCCAUGGCAAGGUCAUCGAGGCAGUCCAGAAGGUUUUGUUCCCAGAGGGGAAGCUGUAAGACGAGGCACGGAGGAGGUCUUUGUUGUGUACCGAGUUGUCAUCUAUAUCUUCUCAACAAGCAGCACAUGUACUUGAUUUUCUAGAGUCGUUCUCUCUCUUUCUCCCUCUUGUCUUUUUGUUGUUUGCCCUAUUGCCACUGUUGUCUUCUUUUUCUUUCGUGUACCAAACAUAAUCACAAACGCUUGUCG